AUGUUUACCAAGUGCUAUGAAAAAAUAAAUGCUGAAGAAUGGCAUUCUGUCCGUGUAUUGCUACGUAUGGUGGCACACCAUGUUGCAGUGUUGACCAAACAUGAUCUCAGUCACUUUGCUUUACCACUGUUUGAUUUCUACCUGGAAACACUGGAAUAUAGAGACAAUAUGACCAUGGUUGAUAAGGAUGAAGUUGAUUCUGUAGAAGAAGUUUCGGUCAAUGGAACAAUUUCCCUUCUUCUUAAAUUACCUGAAGCUACUUUCAAACCUCUUUUUGUAAAGUUGAACCACUGGGGUUGUUCUGAUGAUGCCACACCAACAAGAACCACCACAUUCUAUCAUUGUACUUGUGUUAUGGCUGGCAAACUUAAAAGUCUUUUCUCUCUCUUUGCUGGCCCUCUCCUAAGUCACAUGAUGGAAUCGCUGAAGCAUGAAGAAAUUGAUCCAGAAAAUGUCACUCGAUGUCGCUAUGUAGUUGAGACAUUUAAACUCACACUGCUUCACUCAAGUUCAAACUUUAUGACGCAACAAAGGUUUGAUAUGACAGCGGGCGUGUUGGUUGAUCAGCUGGAAAAAUCUCAACUAGACAAUGAAAUGCUACAAGAUUACAUCAUCAAUUACAUCAUACCCUGUAUUGGCCAACUGGUGAUGUCAUCAAGGAAUGAUGUUGCCUGGCAACCACUAAACUACCAGAUUUUGCUCAAAAUGCGUCACAAAAAUCCAGAGGUUCGGUUACACGCACUAGAAACCUUGCUAGUAGUUGCAGAGAAACUGGGAGACGAUUAUAUGGUUUUGUUGCCAGAAACUAUACCUUUCCUAGCUGAACUCAUGGAAGAUGAAAAUGAUAAUGUUGAAAAGCGCUGUCAUGCAGUGAUCAAACGAAUGGAAGAAGUCUUAGGAGAACCACUACAAAAAUAUUUCUAA